AUGCCCAUCUACAACAUCUACUUGUUCAAUCGAAAAGGGCUACUCCUCUACUAUCGCGAAUGGAAACGCGACCGGCAAAACGGGAUGGAUCGCUCCGAAGAGGGCAAACUAUUCUUCGGCAUGCUGCUCUCCCUAAAAUCAUUUGCUGAGCGGAUGUCGUCGCGCGAGGGCUAUCAAACGAUACGCUUCUUCAAGACUUCCGCCUACAAAUGCUCAUACCUCGAAUCGCCGACCGGCCUGAUUUUUGCCCUGAACGCACACCCAGAAGCGCAUGGAGGAAACGAGCUGCUGCAAGAAAUUUACAAGCUCUACGUCGACACAGUGAUCAAAAAUCCGUUGGCAAACCCUGAAGACCCAAUCGACAACGAGCUCUUCACAACUAGACUCGAUGCCAUAGUUACCAAGCACUCUGCCUUCGCA